AUGUUAGAAGGUUGGAGAGGCCCCCCUCUUGGGAAUUCUUCUCCUCCUGAGUAUCCUCCUUCUGCUUCCCUUCUAAAGCCACAAGACACCACGCAUCGAGACGGGGUGCAAUGGAAGUGGGGCAGGGCCUCCACGACGGCGCGACAGUCGAGGAUCUCACUGCUGUUCGCAGCAUUUUCUGCCAUUUCUGCUAUGAUAUUCCUUGUCUACAUGUGCAGUUUGCUAGUAAGAAAGAUAAUUAAGCGUGCGGCCUUCGCCCGCAGGCUGGACUCUAUCUGGAGGAACAGAAAAUGCAGGGUAUCCGAUCCAAGUAGCACCGACUCCCCUGGCGGUACGUCCUUAGAUGACCAACAGGACAUAGGUCUCAACAUUCAACCGCCUCUUGUUCCUAUGCUGGCGGAUGAACUAACAGCAGAUGCUUCUUCAGUGGAGGUGACCGCCGGCGCGACAGCUCCACUAUUACCGGCAGAAACGGCUGAACAGGUAGCGGCAAACGGAGGAGAAGAAGGUCCUAACUGGGGAGGCGAAGAAGCACUCGGUGAGGGGCAUUGGCGAGGACUGCUGAUACUUGAGGUGCCGCUUCACGACGGCCCGCUACAGCCUGCCUCCCCUCUCGACCCUGGCCUGCAUGCUUUUAUUGACGCCGUGCUACUUGGCAGCGAAGCUCCCCUUGCUGAAUCGGCCUUAUUGCCAGCAGACGAACCACAUAACUCUGACCUGCCUAAUCGUUCUGCUGGUUCGUGGCCAGCCACAUCAGCAGCAGCCUCUGGCCUGGACGGGAGUCCUCCACCGAGUAAUGUGCAUCAAAAUCUUUCAGCGCGCCGUCCAGUACCAAUCAUUCUUAGAAGAGGCCGUAAGCGGAGAAUUGGCGAUGAGCAGGGGUCAUCUCCAGGCCCCUCAACCCCCCAAAAUAUAUCCGAUGGCUCAGCUAAAGCUGCACUAGGAGCCUCUGUCCCGGGCGGGAGAGCUCCGUCGAAUACUGUGGAUGAAGGACCCUCAAUGCCCCCCACAACAGCAAAGAGGCCUAGGGGAAGGCGCAAGCAGAGAUUUAACGUUAGACAGGAGCCAGAUCCAGACCCCCUGAGUCCCCAAAUUAUGCCGCAUGACUCAGGCCGUAUGUCGUGGAUAGCAUCAGCUGGGACACCUGCAGGAGGAGUCAGCUUCCAGCAACACGAUCCAACCGCAGUGCCCUCUUCUCUUGACGAUCCUAAUGCUGUCCCGCAGCUGCUGCUGCCUGCGCGUAUCAUGGAUACAGGUGGAGAGCUGCGAGCGGAUAUUGAAGGAUUUUUACCAAAUUCCGAAGUGCUCAACGAGGAGCUUGCGGAGGUGCCGUCUGUAAACCCAUCCGCUGCACCGCAUUCCUCUAGUCCAGGAGACACCUCCGCCUGA